CUUCUUCAUCUGUAACACAAUCAAGUCAAAUGAGCUCUUCCACUAUCAAUAGCAGCAGCAGCAGCAGCAGCAGUAGUAGUAGUAGUAGUAGUUUUACAGUAUCUAUAUCUAGUUUAAGUUUAUCUAUUCUUUCUUCAACGAAUACAGCAUCUCCUUCAUUACCUUCGUCUACAUUUAGCUCAAUACCUUCUCCCUUAUCUUCCUCUUUAUUCAGCUCAUCAUCGUCAUCAUCGUCGUCAUCGACAUCAUCGACAUCAUCCUCUAUCCUCUCCUCCGCCACAGUUACACCCUCUAUCAUAUUAAGUAGCAAGUAUAAUAAAAGCGGUUUGUCUAAGGGAGCUAUUGCAGGCAUCAUUGUCGGUUGUAUUGUGGGUGGUCUCUUUUUGAUCGCACUUCUUCUUCUUUUCCUUUUACGUAAAAGAAGGUCUAAAUCACAACGUAUUUCAUAUCAAGAAAAUCUUGAAAAGUUUACACCAUACCAAUCAGAACCAUAUCCUAUGUCAAUGGCAGCUGCCAGUAUUAAUCAUCCAAGCAAUGCUGCAACUGCCGCUGCUGCUGCUGCUGCUGCUGCAACUGCUACUGCGACUGCUACCUCCCCCACCAGCACUACACCCAUAACAGCAGCAGCAGCAGCAGUUGCAGCAGUUAAUACAACUGGAUUAACACCCGCUAUCAUCGAUAAUAAUACACCACAGACACCUGUCAUUGAUGAGGAGUUUUGGAACCAACCACCACUUGGUACCUAUAGGGUCGUUUCAUCGUAUACACAAACAUUAGAUGAUGAACUCUAUAUUCAACCAGGAGAUCAGAUUCAAGUUUAUAUGGAAUAUGAUGAUGGUUGGUGUCUUGGUAUUAAUCUAACGCGGGGAGAAGCUCGUGGUGUAUUGCCUCAACAUUGUUUAGAUAAAGAUAAUAACCUUCUUACCACUAAUAAUAAUACUAAUAUGUCAUCCUAAUAGUCAUUUAUAAAUAAUUUAUCCAAUCCCUUUCUCUCUCUUUCGUCUUCCUUUUCGCUUUCCCUUCCUCUCCAUCUUCCUCUCCUCCUCUCCUAUUUUAUUCUAUCUCUUCCUUCUCCUCCCCCCCUUUUUUUUUGACAACGAGAAUGAUUUAAAAGUUAUAAAUAAAUACAUAAUAAUAAUUACGUUUGUCCUGAU